AUGGCAUCCUCUGCAAUUGGCAUCGACCUCGGCACGACGUACUCGUGCGUGGGUGUCUUCAAGAACGACCAAGUGGAGAUCAUCGCGAACGACCAGGGCAACCGCACGACACCGUCGUAUGUGGCGUUCACUGACUCCGAGCGCCUCGUCGGCGACGCGGCGAAGAACCAGGUGGCGAUGAACCCAACGAACACCAUCUUCGAUGCGAAGCGCAUGAUCGGCCGCAAGUACGACGACCCCGACCUGCAGUCGGACCUCAAGCACUGGCCCUUCAAGGUGACCGUGCGAGACGGUAAGCCGGUGAUCGAGGUGCAGUACCAGGGCGAGACCAAGACCUUCUUCCCGGAGGAGAUCAGCGCGAUGGUGCUGGGGAAGAUGAAGGAGGUGGCGGAGGCGUAUCUGGGCGAGCAGGUGAAGAAGGCGGUGGUGACGGUGCCCGCGUACUUCAACGACUCGCAGCGGCAGGCGACGAAGGACGCCGGUGUGAUUGCGGGGCUGGAGGUGCUGCGCAUCAUCAACGAGCCGACAGCCGCCGCCAUCGCGUACGGCAUGGAUAAAAAGGCGGAGAAGGGUGAGAAGGUGGUGCUCAUCUUCGACCUUGGCGGUGGCACGUUCGACGUGACGCUGCUGACGAUUGAGUCCGGUGUGUUUGAGGUGAAGGCGACGGCGGGCGACACGCACUUGGGCGGUGAGGACUUCGACAACCGCCUCGUGGACUACUUCGCGACGGAGUUCAAGACACGCUUCGGCAAGGACGUGCGGGGCAAUGCGCGGGCGGUGCGUCGUCUGCGCUCAGCGUGCGAGCGUGUGAAGCGGACACUGUCGAGCUCUGCGAACGCCAGUGUUGAGAUAGACGCGCUGUACGAAGGCUGCGACCUCUUCUCCAAGAUCACACGCGCCCGCUUUGAGGAGAUGUGCCGCGAUCAGUUCGAGCGCUGCCUCGAGCCGGUGAAGAAGGUGCUGCAGGACGCCCAGAUGAAGCCGAGCGAGGUGCAAGACGUCGUCCUCGUUGGCGGCUCCACGCGCAUUCCGCGUAUCCAGCAGCUCGUGCAGAACUUCUUUGGUGGCAAGGAGCCGAACCGCUCCAUCAACCCCGAUGAGGCCGUUGCGUACGGUGCAGCAGUGCAGGCGCACAUUCUCGCCGGUGGCCGCUCGGACAAGACGGACGGCCUGCUGCUGCUCGACGUGACCCCGCUCUCACUCGGUGUGGAGACGGCCGGCGGCGUCAUGUCUGCCCUCAUCCCGCGUAACUCGACGGUGCCGAUACAGAAGUCACAGACAUUCUCCACCAACGCCGACAACCAGCGCAGUGUGGAGAUUAAGGUGUACGAAGGCGAGCGGCCGCUGGUAUCGCAGUGCCAGUGCCUCGGCACCUUCACACUCACUGACAUCCCGCCCGCGCCACGCGGCAAGCCCCGCAUUACGGUGACGUUUGACGUGAACACUGACGGCAUCCUCGUUGUGAGCGCCGUGGAGGAGCUGGCUGGCAAGACGCAGGCGAUUACAAUCACCAACGACAAGGGCCGUCUGUCAAAGGAGCAGAUUGAGAAGAUGGUGGAGGAGGCGGAACGCUUCGCCGGCGAGGACCGUGCCAACGCCGAGCGCAUUGAGUCACGCAACGCGGUGGAGAACUACACCUUCUCCCUCCGCGCCACCCUCAGCGAGCCGGAUGUGGAGAGCGGCGUCAGCGCGGAGGACCGGCAGAAGAUCCACGCGGUUGUGAACGCCGCCGCGGCGUGGCUCGACGCGAACCCCGAGGCCACGAAGGAGGAGUACGACGCCAAGAACAAGGAGAUCGAGCAGGUCGCCCACCCGAUUCUCUCCGCGUUCUACAUCAAGCGUACGAUUGAGCGGCCGCAUGAGCCGGCUCCCGGCGCUGCUGAGGAUGGCCACGCCGACGCCGACGCCGGACCGCAGCCAACAGACGUGGACUAA